CUUUAGUUAAAAGUAAUGUUAAAAUCACUCGCUAUAAUAUUGGAUGUUUGUAUGAAUCUAGUUUAUGCUUCCAUCCCUGGAAUGCCAGAACUAGGGAUGGUAUGGAUGGGAGAUAUGAUGGUACAUGGAGAACCUACACACGAGCUUAUGUUAGACCCUCGUCAAAGUGAAAGUCCAUUCUUUUCUCAUGGCUCUCAUGCAUAUGAGGAUCUUAGAAAUCAUCAAAUUGCUCCUACAGCAAUGGUACGAUACUUAGCACCGCAAUAUUCUAACGAAUGUUCAGAACCUGAUGAAACCAUGGAAACUAUGGAUACACAAGAGAUGCAACAAGAAUAUGACUCACAAUCAGAAAGACAAGAAAUGAGUGAAUAUUUAACGCUAGAAGAUUAUAUGGCUGACGAGGAUAGAGAACAGGUAGUAAGUAACGUAGCAACUCAAACUACUCAUGACGGUUCACCGUUGCUACGAAAUCGGAAAAUAAAGCCUAUAAAACAUCCUGGCCUUAUUUUAAAAACACCGAUUGCUUAUCAACCACAUACUGAUUUAAACUUCAUUCCUAUUCGUAAAGAUGGCAUAGCUGUAUGCGAAAAAUGUGGUGCUAUAGGAGUAAAACAUGCAUUCUAUACAAAAGAACGAAGAUUUUGUAGUAGAGCAUGUGCACGUUCUUCAGAACAUACUGCUUCCACUGCUGAUUCAACUUAUAGCCCAUCAUAUCCAGUAGAACCAACAACAGCUAUGAAUGCUAAGUCUCCUACUAAUACAAAAUCUGCGAAAGAUAUAAUAAAAAAAGAAAUAGAAUUGAGCGAACCUAUCAAAGAAGAAGAAGAGAAAGUUAUAGCAGAACCUGUAAUGCCAGAAGAUUUACCAGUACGAAGAAAAAGAACUGCAGAAAUGGCUGGUUCUUAUGACUGGACACCACAUUUGGUUGAACCUGGAUUUUGUGCUGCACCAGUAUCUUGUUUUAAACAUGCACCUAUAUCCGAAAUAUGGGAUAACAUAACAGUGGGUAUGAAAGUUGAAGUUGAAAAUACUGACUGUGACGAAGUAUGUGAAGCUUUUCCAGACUCUUUUUGGGUUGCAACUGUAUUACGUAUAUCUGGAUAUAGAGCUUUGCUAAGGUAUGAAGGAUUUGGCCAUAAUGCGGAUAAAGAUUUUUGGGUAUCACUUUGUUCUAACGACAUUCACCCUGUUGGUUGGUGUGCUACAAUCGGAAAACCACUUAUACCACCAAACACAAUUGCUAAUAAGUACAAAGACUGGAAGGACUUUUUAAGGAGACGAUUAACCGGUGCAAGGACAUUAACAACUAAUUUCUACAAUAAAGUUAAUGACAGUAUGAAAUCUCGCUUUAGAUGCGGGCUUCAUUUAGAAGUCGUAGAUAAAAACAGAAUUUCCCAAGUUAAAGUAGCUACAAUACAGAAGAUUGUUGGUAAGCGAUUGCACGUGAGAUAUUAUGAUUCGCCACCCGAAGAUAAUGGUUUCUGGUGUCAUGAAGACUCUCCUCUUAUACAUCCUGUUGGUUGGGCAAAGAGAGUAGGGCAAUCGUUGGAUGCAUAUCCCGAAUAUCUAGAACGUGUUUCAAAAGUAAAAUUGUGCGAAGAUGAUGCUACAGAUGGUCUUUUUCAUGUGCCAAAGAAUCAUCAUCUCCACCUUGGAUAUACCUUUAGAGAAGGAAUGAAAAUAGAAGCUAUUGAUCCACUUAAUCUUUCUGCUAUCUGUGCGGCCACAAUUAUGCAAGUUCUAAAAGAAGAUUAUAUUAUGAUUCGUAUCGAUAGCUAUGACGAAGAUGCAAGUGGUGCUGAUUGGUUUUGCUAUCAUUCAUGUUCUCCCUGUAUCUUUCCAAUUGGGUUUUGUUCUCAGCAUGGCCUACCACUUACACCACCAAAAGGUUAUGAUUCAACCACGUUUACAUGGGAUACAUAUUUGAUAGAAACAAACACGAUACCAGCACCUGUACAGUUAUUUAACAGGGAAAUACCGCAACAUGGAUUCAUCGAAGGUAUGAGGCUUGAAGCUGCUGAUUUGAUGGACCCUAGAUUAGUAUGUGUUGCUACCAUUACCAGAGUGAUCGGUCGGUUGUUAAGGGUACAUUUUGAUGGUUGGGAGGAUGAAUAUGAUCAAUGGUUAGAUUGUCAAAGUCCAGAUAUUUAUCCAGUUGGUUGGUGUGAUCUUGUGGAUCAUAAAUUAGAGGGGCCCCGUGUACUCACUAAACACACUAGUCCUACUGUAAAAUCACCAAGAGGCCUUAAACGUAAAGCUAAGAGAAAACUAAAAAAAGGAAGCAAGGUAUCUUGCGCAAAAAAUAUACUACCUCGUCACAGCGAACGCAUUAGUAUGGCACGUGAACGUGAACGAGAAUUAGAACCAGCACAAGGCACAAAAAUUGAACGAGAACGUGAUCUUGAGAGUUUACCGGAACAAGGAAGUAGAGAGCCGGAACCGGCAGAAGAACCCGCUGGUCCUGAUCAAACUUUACCUAGUCCAACAAGUGGGCAAGGUCAAGCAUUGAGCGAUACACAAAGUGAUGUGCAAAGUCCUCCACCACCCAAAGAGAGAACUGCAACAUCAUAUAUUAAUGUAACUUCAGCAAAUACAAAAUAUAUUCCAAGGUUAGCAGAUGUUGUUCCAAAGGGUUCAGAUUGUGGUGAUUUGGUACCAUCCGAAUGGAAUGUUUUUGACGUUGCUCAAUUUCUCCGUGUCAAUGAUUGUGCAACAUACUGUGACAAUUUUAGCAAACGCAAAAUUGAUGGAAAGACUUUGCUAAAUCUUACAAAGGACCAAAUAAUAAACCUAACAGGUUUCAAAGUUGGACCUUCUUUAAAAAUUUUUGAUCUUAUUCAGCAAUUAAAAAUCAAAGUAAAUCCAGCUCAGGAAAGAUUGAAACUAGGACUGAAAAAAUUAUUAUAACAUACCUAGUAUAUAGCUGAUAUUAUGAUAAGUUCCAACUGAAAUAGAUUAAACAUGGAUUUACAGGUAAGGCAUAUGGAUACGUUUGACUCGUCAUAUGUUAUAUUUGAGUUGCAUUCUGUUUAAUAGUCUCUUUUAUCUUAAUAUAUAUUCUUAAUAAUAGAUAUCCUGGCAAUGAUUUGUCUCAGCAAAUAAUGAAAUAUCUUUUUUUUUU